ACUGUCUCAAUUUUUUUCUAGCUGGGGUUCUUCCAGUUUUGAACUAUUUUAUUAAUACUAAUUAAUGAAAUAAAUUUUUAUUUAGAUUUAGAAAUUCUAUUGUAUUCCAGUGGUGUAAUAUAUUCCAUGUAUAUAUAAUCUUGAAAAAAAGAAAAGCUAUUUGAAUCAAACAAAUAUUGAAAUUGUUGCCAUCUUGAUAUCCCGGGAAUCCAGAUAAUUGGAAACGGAUUACUAUUCCAAACUUAAUUAUUUUGAAUAUUUAUAUUCAAUUUAAUCAAAUUAAAUUUUGGAAUACUAAAAAGAUUCUUUCUUUUUAUUUAUUAGUUACCGGGAUUCUGAAAAGAAUCGGAAAUCUCAAAAUGAAAAUAAGAAGAAUAAAAAUUGCGUUGCUUUUUCAUUAUUUCAGAUUGAUUGGAACCAAUACAAAGAGAAUCGAUUUAGAUGAAAUGUGGACGCCAUGGAAUUGACAUUCCAUAUAUAUCCAUAGAUCGAUAUCCAUAUAUCCAUAUGAAAAGAAAAUGAUAGAUUGGUUCCUCCAUAUUCACUCUUUUUUUUUUUAGUAAAACAUUCUAUUUUUAUCCUUCCUACCGUAAUAGAUAAUAUAGUAGAAACAAAUAGAUUUUAUUUCUUUCUACUAUAUGGAUUUAAUAGAAUUCUGCUGGUUGUAACCUUCUUUCAUUUUAUUUUAAAGAAUAAAAUUCAUUAGUCGUCCAAUAACACGUAACAAUAAUAGCAGUAGAGACAUAUCCAAGAAUGACUGACCUAUUCAUAAAAACGUUCCUUUAUUCAUUAUUCAUUUAGUCUUCUUUUUUUUAUAUUAUCUGGCUGGGGGGUGGAGCACAACUUCACACCAAAGCACAAUCUAGUUGACAGACAACUGCCAACUUGAUUAUUUUUUUAUGCCAGUAGGUGUUCCAAAGGUAGGCUUUGAAGUUCCUGGCGAUGAUGAAGCUUCUUGGAUUGACUUAUACCAUCAACUUUUUUUCGACAGACUACUUUUUUUAGGUCAAGAGGUUGAGAGUGAAAUAUCAAAUCAAGUUUGUGGUAUGAUGAUAUAUCUCAGUUUAGAGAACAAGUACAAAAAUUUGUAUCUGUUUAUAAAUUCUCCAGGCGGAGAGGUUUUAUCUGGAUUGGCCAUUUUUGAUAUUAUGCAAUUUGUAGAAGCAGAAGUACAGACAGUAUGCGUAGGAUUAGCCGCUUCAAUGGCAUCUUUGAUUUUGCUAGGAGGCGAAAUUACCAAACGUCUAGCAUUCCCUCACGCUUGGGUAAUGAUCCAUCAACCUGCUAGUUCUACUUAUGAUGGACAAUCGGGAGAAUGUAUGCUGGAAGCACACGAAUUACUGUCAAUUCGACAAACGAUGACAAAUAUUUAUUGCCAAAGAACACGCAAGCCUUCCUGGCAGAUAUCUAAAGACCUGGACAGGGAUUUUUUUAUGUCAGCAGAAGAAGCCCAAGCCUACGGAAUUAUUGAUACAAUAGCAGAUUCUUGUUCUUGGUAAAUCUAAAAUUUCCCUAUGUCCUAUUUAUUAGAAAUAUUUCUAUUAGGAAUAUUUCUGUCCUGUUUAUUCCUAAUAAACACCGAAUUUGCUUUCAAACAAUUUUAUUUCUGUCCCCAAUAUUUUUUUGCUCUUUCCAAUUCAUGUAUUUAUUAGGAAUAUUUGAUUUAUUCCUAAACCUCUAUGCUGUUUAUUCCUAAUAAAUACAUGAAUUGAUGUUGUCUUUUAUCUUUUUAAUCGUCUUAACAACCAGAUUUAAUAGAGUCGAAUAAAUUCUAAAUUGAAAUUAUUGGGUUAGGAUUGAUCGAAACCAGCUCAUUAUGUAUAUGAUUCACCAUGCCAACUAGAAAACAACUUAUUAGAAACACAAGACAGCCAAUCCGGACUGUAACAAAAUCUCCCGCUCUUCGGGGAUGCCCUCAACGCCGAGGAACAUGUACUAGGGUGUAUGUGCGACUCGUUUAGAUCAUAUACUCAAAUUAAAAAAUCAAUUCUAUUAAUAAGAAUUGUAUAUAUAUAAUUCUAUUGUGUAUAAAAUUUAUGGUUUCUCAAUUGGUGCAAACCAAAUCACCUUAAUUUGUAAUUUAAGAUGAAAAGUAUUUUCCCAUUGGUAAUAAAAUAGUUAUCCAUUAAGCGGGAAAAAUCCUAUUUGAAAGAAAGACAAAUUAUGCCAUAAAUUUAGCAAUAACGGACUAAGAGGGUCAACUACCCAGCUAAUAUUCAUACUUAAAUACCGUUACUGUAUAGCUAGAUUUCAUUGUGAAAGACCUAUUACUAGAUAUUUCAUGGGUAGAGCCCAGAAGUGUGAACUGUACAAGUUCACAAUAACAUUGAUUGAAUAAAGAUUCAAUGAAGGAAGGGGCUCCGGUGUAUAGAGAGGACCUCACCGUUUAACAAGUAAUCAUAGAAACGAUGGAACCCACUAUUUCUUUGUUUAUUUCUUAUUUACUAUGGUUUUUGGAAUACCUAGUAUCAAUAGAAGUUAUUAUUUAGAGUUGAAAUACUUAGA